AUGGUCACCAGUGUGAUGGAGUCCUGUAGAGACCACGAGGCUCGCGUUGCUGGCUUUAUCCUAGAAGAUGAAAGAACCUGGCAAGACGUUGCACAUGACUCGAACCUGUCCAUCGUGCGUUGUAAGGAAGAAACGAUUACUAUCACGCGCACGGUCGGAACGGUGGAGGUGGGGUUCCGCCAGUUUGUAGACUUCUUUUCGUCCGAGACAUCUGAGCAGCUAUUCGCGUGCAACCAGUUUUUCCUUGGUUGUGCAGUUGAUGCUGCUGUGCUCUGCAAUCUUGACUUGGAAAAGUCAGACAAGCAGGCGAUUCUUGGUAUCAAAUGGACGUGUAUGCAGCCUUCAAAGCUCAUGCGCAAGCGUGACGAGUGUUUCCUCGAGUACGUUGUGUUCAGAAAGGACGAUCAGGGUCGUGACGCCGCAGUGAUAGUUCGUUUGCCCGUAAAGAUUCCAGAGUGCCCACCACUGCCUAACGAGCUGAAGACCAAACGCGAGAUAAUCACUAGCGUCACUCUUGUGCGCGCGUCAGACUCGAACCCGAAUGCGAGUCAGGUAUUCAUGCUGAGCCAGUGCGAUCACAAAGGGCUUACAGCCUCUACAAAAUACUGCAAAAAGCUGCUGCAAGCAUUGAAGAAUGUCUCUCUUUCCGCUGAUGCCAAAUGCAUUGCCACUGCUAUUUGCACGCCUGGAUUUGUGGAGAAGUCGCGAGUUGGGAGCGACCUGUUCGCAAUAGGAGAUUCCAUUAAACCUUGGGUGUCCAGCACAGGUGUUCAACAAAACUGCACAAGUUGCUCCAGGCCCUUCCGUAAUGGACAUAGACGACGUCCUUGCCAGAUGUGUGGCGACAUGUAUUGCUCAAAAUGCCUUGUUCGACGAGCUGGCAUUCGACAGCCAAAAAAUGCAUUCAAUAAUUCUGUUGCGAUAGCUAACCAACGGACAUUCCGUGUGGCGCUGUCACUAUUUUGCAAGACGUGUGUUAACUACUCCCGUGAGGAGAACGCGGAAGCUGUUCAGGACCACCUCGAUGCUACUCGUCGGUCUUUGGCUUUGUCACAGUCAUCUUCGGUGCACCGCCAUUCGUCUAUGGGAUCUUCCAUGCAACCAGCAGGCUCUACUCCGGCGUCGCUAUCGACGCGAGGCUCCCAAUCUCAACAAAGUGACGCCUCUCGCUGGUGGUCUGACAACGAGUCUGACACGUGCAGUUGGAAGUCAGAUUCUGGCCGAUUCAGCUCUAUGUCGCGCAACUACAGUGUCGCUCCCACUGCACGUUCAUCAUUUAGUUCUGAUUACUCACUGGGCAGGAACUCCUUCUUAACCGUGCAGUCUCUGGUAAAUCCGCGCGAAAUCGGCGUCGAUCGCAUUGACGAUCGGAUUGAUGAGCGCUCGAGUAUCUACGAGGUGAUUGACACGAAAGACAUGGUGCCUGAGAGCCAUCUGCGAAAACAGCAGUCCGAAUUGAAGGACUUGGCAGACGACGACUUAUUCAGGGACACCGUUCGCGCUCGGUACACGUCCACGCCUGUAGCUAAGAUGGCAGAAUCACCACGGUCGCUGGAUCAGUGCAUUGCGGAGCAGAACGAGCUGCUGCAGCAAGUGCUGUCUGCCAGUCGUGGAGUCAGUUCUGAGGCCCAAACACCCAGCACAGCGUCGUCCGUGGCCGGAAGUAUUGGUGAAGACGACGACGACGACAGUCACGAUGAUGGCGUUUUUGAGCUGUAA